GAAAAGAUGUUUGGUUUUCACAAGCCAAAGAUGUACCGAAGUAUAGAGGGCUGCUGUAUUUGCAGAGCUAAAUCCUCCAGUUCUCGAUUCACUGACAGUAAACGCUAUGAAAAGGAUUUCCAGAGCUGUUUUGGGUUACAUGAGACUCGUUCAGGAGAUAUCUGUAAUGCCUGUGUCCUGCUCGUGAAAAGAUGGAAGAAAUUGCCAGCAGGAUCAAAAAAAAACUGGAAUCAUGUGGUAGAUGCAAGGGCAGGACCCAGUCUAAAGACCACACUGAAACCAAAGAAAGUGAAAACUCUAUCUGGAAACAGGAUAAAAAGUAACCAGAUCAGUAAACUGCAGAAGGAAUUUAAACGCCACAAUUCUGAUGCUCACAGUACAACCUCAAGUGCCUCUCCAGCUCAGUCUCCCUGUUACAGUAACCAGUCAGAUGAUGGCUCAGAUACAGAGAUGGCUUCUGGCUCCAACAGAACGCCAGUGUUUUCCUUUUUAGAUCUCACAUACUGGAAAAGACAGAAAAUAUGCUGUGGCAUUAUCUAUAAGGGCCGUUUUGGGGAAGUCCUCAUCGACACACAUCUAUUCAAGCCUUGCUGCAGCAAUAAGAAAGCAGCUGCUGAGAAGCCGGAGGAGCAGGGGCCAGAGCCUCUGCCUAUCUCCACUCAGGAGUGGUGACUAAGCUUUAUGUAGAAGGGGAGCAAAAACGAUUUAAAUUUUGGAAAACAAAGCAACAAAAUGACCCUCCUAUUUUUAAUUUG